GAGCCGGCAGCGCGCCCGCGCAUGCGCCGCGCCCCGCCCCGCGCUCCCGGCGGAUGUGACGCGGCCGGCGGCUCCCGCACAUCCUCUCGCACGUGAGGGCAGCGAUGGACGCGCUGGACCGCGUCGUAAAGCCUAAAACUAAGAGAGCAAAAAGAUUUCUUGAGAAGAGAGAACCCAAGCUAAAUGAAAAUACAAAGAAUGCUAUGCUCAUAAAAGGAGGAAAUGCAAAUUUAACAGUGGCCGAAGUGCUUAAAGACAUUUAUGCGGUGAAGAAGCCAUUUGCUGUACUGUAUAAAAGGAAAAAUAUUACCAGGCCUUUUGAGGACCAAACAUCAUUGGAGUUUUUUUCCAAGAAAUCAGACUGUUCUCUGUUUCUCUUUGGCUCUCAUAACAAGAAGCGACCUAACAACCUGAUAAUAGGUCGCAUGUUUGACUACCACGUGCUAGACAUGAUUGAACUGGGCAUUGAGAAGUUUGUAUCCCUAAAGGAGAUCAAGAACAGUAAGUGUCCUGAAGGGACAAAACCUAUGUUGAUAUUUGCUGGUGAUGCAUUUGAUGUGAAUGAAGAAUACAGAAGACUGAAGAGCCUUCUUAUUGAUUUCUUCAGAGGUCCCACUGUGCCCAGUAUUCGUCUGGCUGGUUUAGAGUAUGUUCUGCAUUUCACAGCUGUAGAUGGGAAAAUUUACAUGAGAAGCUACAAAGUGCUUCUGAAGAAAUCUGGCUGUAAAAUACCCAGAAUUGAACUGGAAGAGAUGGGACCUUCAUUAGAUCUGGUUAUGAGGAGGACACAUUUAGCCUCAGAUGACCUUUAUAAGCUGUCUUUGAAACAGCCGAAAGGCCUGAAGCCUAAGAAGAAAAAGAAUAUCUCCCACGAUGUGUUUGGUACAACUUAUGGUCGAAUCCACAUGCAAAAACAAGAUCUUAGUAAACUGCAGACACGGAAAGUGAAAGGCUUAAAAAAGAGGCCAGCAGAGAAGUCAGCUGAAGAUGGUGGAACUACUCCCAAAAAGUCAAAGUCAGCUUGACAAUCUGGGACAGCUUUGAAAACUCUUUGUACUUUCAAAUUUAGAAUAUGUGUUGUAAUAUAAAUUGUCAGACAUAAAAGAUUGAGCUGCUUUGCUCUUUGGUUUUGUAACAAAAAACCUUUUUAAACAUUUGUCAUUUUAAAGAGAACAUUGGGGUAUUGAGCUUUAACAUGGAGCUUGGCUAUUUAAAAUAGAAAAAAUAGGAUAUAACUUUCUUAGUUUUCCAAA